GCAGAGAGGGACUGUGCUCCUUGUCUUCAGUAGUCACUUUACCAAACAGCCAUCACUUGUAACGUAUUUUGAGCCUUUGAUUGUCAGGCAGAAGGAACUGACGGCCGAAGUUGCUGCAUUGCUAAUACUUUACAUGCCAGCCGGAGUCGCUAACAGGAGCCAUGUUACGUAGCUGUCAUUGACUCUCGUUAAAAGUCACAUAGCAAACAACGUUGUAACCUUAACUAGCCGCUCACGUCACAUCGACUCCUGCAUGGAGGUUACUUGUUAUUUUAGUUUGAUAUGUUGACUCAUUAUGGUUAUUUAGACACAAUUUGAUCUUUGUUUUGAUGAAUUAGUGAGUGUAUUAUCCAUAGGGCUCAGUGCAACUCGUAUAGACAUUGUAGCUAACAUAGUUGAUAAUCCCUUAAGUAGUCUAAGAUGCUUAUUCCUUGGAUAUUUAGUUUUGAGGGUUUAUGUAUUUGUUGCUGACAUUGAAGAACAUAACAGAUAAACGUUAAAAUUGAUCUCCCUUUGUGGGGCAAAAUGAGUCAUUUCCUCCUGGUUGCCUAAAGGUAAUGUAACUACGACUGACUAGGUGCUGUGUUGUGCUGACGAGAGACGCUGGGUAAAAUUGGUGAAAUGAUGUUCUGUGAUAUCAGGACUGCCGAUGGACUGGCUGCAUAGGCCAUGGUUUAAUGCUCAUCUGUUGGCAAGCAGCACCAGCAAUGUCAGCCAGCUCCCUCCUGAGAUACACCAUCAGGCUGGAGAGGAAUCAUGUAGCUGCACGUUUAGUCCAGCAGAGAGCGCUGUCAGGGGCAGAUGCUCUCAAUGCACUCAGACCUUUUUAUUUUGCUGUACAUCCAGACUUCUUUGGUCAAUACCCCAGGGAACGGGAAGUGAAUGAGAAUUCAUUAAAGAGGCUAAAUGGCUAUCUGGACAACCUGCAGAAGCCCGGCUCACGCUCACUUCAGCCAAUGAAGCUCACCUUUUAUGUCAGGGACACAAAGGACAGCAGCGAUGUGGGGCCAGACCUUCUUGUCUCAGGGUUCCGGUCAGUGAGUUUCACCCUGCACACAAACGAUGUCUUGAGCACAGUGAAGAACGUCUUGAAGUCCUGCAGCCUACCCAUGGAGCACAUGAAGGGACUGAAAGCACAUUCAGACAUAUCUAAAAGUCCACCAGAGAUGGGGUUGCCUUUCUACAGACCUAUCAAAUGGGAUAAAAGUUACUACACCUUGACUGGAUUCAGAGACCCUGAGCAGGAGCUGCAGCAGGCCAGGAGAGUGGAGCCUACACUCAUCUUGUGGCUGAGAAACAAUGAGCCUGAGGCAACAAAGAAGCACGGUGCUAGUCUUCCCCUGAGAGAAGAGCUCAACAGACUGAAGAAGGAACUGUGUCACAAAUUUGAUCUCGCUGAUAUCAGGUGGCAGCGCAGCUGGGGAGUGGCCCAUAGGUGCUGUCAGCUUCAGAGUCUGAGCCGACUGUCUCAGCAGAACCCUGAGGCCCUGAUCAACCUGCAAGGACACACUGUGGUAUUUGCUGACCAGUCAGGGAUGAACGCCUCUGGAGACAUCACACUGGGAACCAUGGAUGUUCAUCAUCAGUGGACCAAACUGUUUGACCAGCUGCCUAGCUAUCGCAGCCUGCAGCAGCAGACAGACUGGCUAAAGGAGAGAAUCAGCCUGCUCCUGGGUGGGACUCAAGUGGUUCAUGUGGAGAGGCUGGGACCAGUCCAACCCAUUACUGAGCACUACAGCACCCUCAGCACCUUUCACAAGAGCCUGAUGUCCCGACGCCUUCACCUGCACCCCAGGAGCCUGCAGGGGCUCACCAUGUUGCUGGAUAAUGACCGCUCUAACCCCAGUCUUCAUGAGAUGGGGCACUUCAUUAUUCCCACCAUCUGUGACCCUCCCAAGCUGCAGGUCUUUCUUCAAAGCCACGCACCUGAGGCCAGAAAGCGCACCCAUCGCAAAAACCAGCUGCAGGCAGAGGAGGAGGCUGUGGUGAAGCUGUGUCUCCACAGUCUGUCCCUGAGGAGUCUGUCCAAGGAGCCCAGUGUCAGCUCCAGCCAAAUGAUCCUGUGCUGUAAAAGGCUGGUAGAGCAGCGCUGUCCCCUCAUGCAGGGCCUCCACAUCUGUGUCUCUCACUUUUACUCAGUAAUGCAGGAUGGGGACUUGUGUAUCCCCUGGGACUGGAAGAGCUGAACUGGAGGGACAAGGCCAGUCACAGUGUUGGAAAUAAGUAUUUUUAGUAGUUAAAUGUUCAGGCAGCAAAUAUACAAGUUGUUAAACAGGGUCAUUUGUUACAUGUCUGAUGGCCACAAUGGAUUUCAUAUCUUUUCAUUCUCAAGGGAAACCUUUGAAAAAAGAAAUCGUCCGUAGAGUGGUUCAUUCAAGCUGACCACUGUGGGCUCAUCCAAAGGGAAGCACUUUAUCCUCUUACAGCAAAAGCCAUAUAGAAGAAUCUGACCGACAGUGGAAGUGGCACCCAACAUGGGGUGAGGACCAGCAGGAGUUGCAAAAUGAUAGACAAGAAAGGGAAGAAGAAGAAGCUGCAUAUAAUAAUGUUGUUAUCAAUGUUGUUAUUGUUUUCAGAUUUUUCUCAGGUGUUUGCUUUUAUUCUAAAAUGCUGGAGACUUUCAUCUCUUCAGGAAUCAAAAGUCUGAGAGCCAAAGAGUGUUUGGUUGAAGUGUGAUAAGGGAUAUGUAGGGAUGUUUUGCUUGGCUACUAGGAGUCACAAGCCAGUAAGUUGGGAACCACUAGUAGAUGUGCAAUAUGACUUUUAUUUCAGUUUUUUUUUUUUUUUUAGAAAAGUUUUUUUUUUUUUUUUUUUAUCGUGGAAUACACUGAGAAAGAUUUAAAUAAUGGUUCUGUUAAAGGCACAAUCUGUGCCAUAAUUGCAAACUAACAUAGUCAGCAAACAACCAAAAUGUAUUACAGACGAUUAGAACUUAUCAGUCUGAUUGACAGACUGUAUGCCUACAAUGAAAAAGUUUGUACAAAGUGGAGCCUGACCAUGUUUAGUUUCUCAGUUGUGACUGGCCUCACUGGGAGGCAUGGAAAGCCCGCUGUCAGAGAGGGGCGAGACACAGUGAAUUGUGAAUAAGGAGAUAACAGUACACUUCUUAGAUGAAAUAAAGAAAUACAUCAGCUUCGUA